ACGCAGCCGUGACGCAGGCGUCGACGCCGACGCAGCAUGGCGGAACCAGCCGCCGCUCGCUGGCUGGACCAUCGUCCGGGUCUUUCGGCGACCGCCGCGUAGGCCCCGCGUGCGAAUCGCGCGAAGGCAAUCUCGCGCGAAGAUGUGAGCCGCCCACUUGUCGGAUCGUCGUUGCGUAGUUUAGUCUCACGACGAGGCCCAGACCCCUCGGAGAUGAACGCGAACGUCGCUAUCACGUGCUUCCUGCUUGUCACACUGAUCGCCCUUGCGAGCGGUCAGCUAAUGUCAAAAGAGCAUCGGACCCACGCAGCUUCCGAAAGAGCCAACGACUUGUGGUGUUAUCAGUGCUUCACUAUGGAGCACGGUGAGAAAUGUAUCAAUCUCACUGGCAAUACUGGCAAUACCAGUACCUUCAUGCACAAAUGCACGGACGACAGGAGAAUCUGCAUGGUGAAGCGAUUCUCCUACACCACCAGCACCGAGAACUCGACCUCCAGCCCGAAGACGUGGUCCCUCGAGAGGAACUGCACCAACAAAUGCGAGCCCGGGUGCAUCGUGAUCGGCGAGCGCACCAAGCUCUACGCCUGCACCGCCUGUUGCGAGACUAAUCUAUGCAACAACGGUACCGGUACUGCCAACGACCUAACGAUCAAAGAAAUCGACCUCCUGCUGGCCCUCGUGCUCCAAGCUAUAUUGACCGUUAUCAUGUACCCGUCCUGACAGUGUCAAUAAAGCCUCUGAUCACAAUA